GAGAUACCGUCUGCCUAUUUUAUUAGUCCAUGCCCAAUUAUAUCAUACUAUUGGGAAAUCGGUGUAUGGUUAUGGCAAUAUUUGUAUUGACAUCACAGCUGUUCGUGUUCGUUUCGUCUGCCUGUGUUCUGUGUCGCUUGAUACAAUUUUAUUUUAUUAAUUAGACAGUGAGUGAAAUUCUGUUUUCCUAACGAUUUACAGGGAUUUUAGAGCUACCACUAGAUAUAUUUUCUUUUCCUCAAUAGUGUGCCAGGUGCAAUCUUAUGUAGGAUCGUUACGAAGCUCGUAAGCGAAAGUAACUCAAAUACUAUGCCUCUUUUUGGUAAGUCUCAGAAGAGCCCUGCGGAGUUAGUGCGAUCUUUGAAAGAUGCUGUAACUGCGCUAGAAAGAGGCGAUAAGAAAGCAGAGAAGGCUCAAGAGGAUGUCAGCAAGAAUUUGGUAUUGAUCAAGAAUAUGCUGUACGGUACAUCUGACACUGAACCGCAAACUGAUAUCAUAGUAGCUCAGCUGGCACAGGAGUUGUACAACACUAAUCUCCUGCUUCUACUCAUUCAAAAUUUGAACCGCAUUGACUUUGAAGGAAAAAAGGAUGUGGCCCAAGUGUUCAACAAUGUUCUUAGACGUCAAAUUGGCACCCGGUCCCCGACUGUUGAGUACAUAUGUACGAAACCGGAGAUUUUAUUCACCUUAAUGUCUGGAUACGAGCAUCAGGAAAUAGCUUCAAACUGUGGCACAAUGUUGCGGGAGUGCGCCAGAUAUGAAGCCUUAGCUAAGAUAAUGUUGUAUUCAGAUGAUUUUUACAAUUUCUUUCGUUAUGUAGAAGUAUCAACUUUUGAUAUUGCCUCAGAUGCCUUUUCUACUUUUAAGGAAUUAUUGACUCGUCACAAAAUGCUGUGCGCCGAGUUUUUAGAAGCCAAUUACGAUAAGGUGUUUAGCCAUUAUCAACGAUUAUUGAACUCGGAAAACUACGUGACUCGACGGCAGAGUCUCAAGUUGUUAGGAGAAUUGCUACUCGAUCGACACAACUUCUCUAUAAUGACGCGCUACAUCACAAACCCCGACAACCUGAAGCUGAUGAUGAAUAUGUUAAAGGAGAAAUCACGCAAUAUACAGUUCGAGGCGUUUCACGUUUUUAAGGUGUUUGUAGCCAAUCCAAAUAAACCAAAACCAAUUCUGGACAUUCUGUUAAGGAAUCAAGACAAGUUGGUGGACUUCCUCACAAAGUUCCACACGGAUCGCUCCGAAGACGAACAGUUCAAUGACGAGAAAGCUUAUCUAAUAAAGCAAAUCAAAGAGCUCAAGCCAUUAGAACACUAACAUUUAUUUUAUUGCAUUUUAUUAAAUUCGCCACUUCCUCCUCAAAAGAAGUUAGUUAUAGAUGCUAUUAUAUUUAAACGCUUCUAAGUCACCAGAGGGUAUAGUAUCGCGCUGAGAUAGGUCAAGUCGCAACAAGAAAACAAAACAAACUGUAACGCCUCUGCCAAACGGGUAACAAGAAUCGAACUUGUUACAAGUACCGAAUAUGUAACAAGCACCGAACAUGUAACAAGUACCGAACAUGUAACAAGUAUCGAAUAUGUAACAAAUAUCGAACAUGUAACAAGUAUCGAACAUGUAACAAGUAUCAAACAUGUAACAAGUAUCGAACAUGUAACAAGUAUCGAACAUGUAACAAGUAUCGAACAUGUAACAAGUAUCAAACAUGUAACAAGUAUCAAACAUGUAACAAGUAUCAAACAUGUAACAAGUUUCGAACAUGUACUAGUACCGGACUCGUAAUAAGUGCCCAACUGUAACAAGUACCGAACUUGUAACAAGAACCGAAUAUGUAACAAUUACCGAAAUUGUAACAAGUACCGAACAUGUAACAAGUAUCGAACAUGUAACAAGUAUCGAACAUGUAACAAGUAUCGAACAAUUAUUACCAAACAGGCACCGAACAAUAACGCUGUUCCAUUAACAAUCUUGUGGCGUUGACAGAACUCCGCUCGGGAGAUCGGACUUGUAUGGGGAGGCGUGCGGCUGUGCAAUUUUAAAACCUAGUAAGUAACAUUUUCUAAAAAAAAAAAAACAA